GCAGCGCUGCCCAGCGAAUUGCGAUAGCGGAUGGCGAUAGUCGAAUCUUCUGCACCAAAACAACCAUUGGAUUUCGACAACAAAUGGACCACACAGUGCCCCCCAAAGAGUUCAAAUGGACGCCUGGCAAUAUGAUCAACGAAAACUUCAAGCUGGGCGACAACGGGCACGUAUGUGUUGUGCUCAAUCGACAGAUUCAGAUUCCGGCUCAUGUGGUGAAAUCGUUAUGGACGAAUGCGGCUGUGCGUUGCGCCGUUGAUGGAGGCUCUAAUCACUGGCGUGAGUUCUUGCUAGGUCAAGCAGUAGCCAAAAGGCCCAAGGGUGCGCCGGCAACAGCUCCGCUCGAACCACUCGAUGUGAUAACAGGCGACUUUGAUUCAAUAACGGAGGAAACAGUCGAUUUCUUUAAAACAACACCUAAAAUACACACUCCCGAUCAAGACGCAACGGAUUUCACCAAGGCCAUAUCAGUGCUUCAACCAGUAAUGGCACAGCGCAAAAUCCAUGAUGUUGUCGUAUUCCACGACACCUCCGGGCGCCUCGAUCAGGUUAUGGCCAAUCUGAACACCUUGUAUAAAACUCAAAAGGACAAUUGCAAUGUGUUUCUGUUGAGCGGUGACUCCAUCACGUGGCUUCUGCGACCUGGCAAGCACACAAUACAGGUUCCUCUAGAUCUGGUGAAAACUCAGCGAUGGUGUUCUCUCAUGCCCGUUGGAUCAAUGGCGCACAAUGUUACGACGACGGGUCUGAAGUGGAAUCUAUAUCACACACAGAUGGAAUUUGGCGGCAUGGUCAGUACAUCGAACACCUACUCCACAGAGUUUGUUCAAGUGGAAACGGACGCCAACUUAAUAUGGUCCAUGGGGGCAUACGAUUUUGAAGACAAAUUACGUCAAGCCGCCAAGUAAGGGAUCGGUGAUCGGUGCUAUUGUUUGAGUACUUAAUUAAGUGAAAUUCACCGACGUUAUACAAUUGGAAAUGCGAGUUUCUUUUUAUGCUGUUUCAGCCAAAGAUGCAAGCGGCUCCAGCGCCUACUUAUCUAAGUCUUACUCUCUAGGGCAAUGUGUUACUGUUGAACAUGAAAGUUUAAAUGAGA